CCCUACACAUCCAUUAUUUUGUCCUUGACGAAAAAAAUAAAUCUGUUGUUGUUCUACUGCCUUCUUUUCCGUUCGGUGUGAUGAUUUUUAAGCCUAACGUAGAAUUAUUUUUCCUAUCGAAUUUUUUCGUGAUUAUUCUAUGUUCUAGCCGAUCGAGUGAAGUUACAUACUAGUCACAACCCACGACCAAAAAUUGACUCAACGUUUCAUAAGUUGAAACGUUUCCGCGAACAAAUGUGCACGACGGGAAACCUGUUAUCAUUUCAUGAUGAGUCCAAGUUGAUGGUCAUCGGUGGUCGUAUAAAUGUGUUGCAUGAUAAAGGAGUGUAGCAUUUAAAAACUUUUAUUAAACUACCUUUCACAUAAUCUGUUUUUAUGAACAUGGCUGCUGGAUCACCACAAGAUUUAGAUGGCUUUUUACCUCUACUAUCAACUUCUGAUAUAAGAAUGAAAGUCACUGUAGGUGGUAAAUUAUUUACUUACUUAGAGGAGCCUAGUAAUUCAGUUGAAUGUUCUGACAUUGGAAUGUUUAUUGAUGGAAUUGUUCAAUGGUUAUCUAAUAGCAAUCCAAAAGUUACUCAAUAUGGAAUAGAUAUUAUCACACAAUUGAUUACUAGAAUGAGAACAGAUUUUAGACCAUAUAUUUCGACUGUUUUACCCCUAGCUGUUGAUCGACUUGGUGAUAGUAAGGAAUCAAUAAAAGUUAAAGCACUCUUUCUUAUUAUGAAGUUAAUGGAAUGUGAUACAAUUAGCCCUCAGUCAUUAUUUGACAAAAUAUCAGCUAAUGCAUUCUAUCACAAAAACAGUAAUGUUAAAGAAGGAGCUAUGAAAUUAUUAUUGUCUACUGUUGAAGAAUUUGGUGCCAACUGUAUUGCUAUAUCAAAAAUUGUACCUAUGAUUAUUAAACUUUUAAGUGAUCCUAAUGUUCAAGUAAGACAUAAAGCGUUUGAAACACUUGUUGAUUUAUAUAAACAUGUUGGGGAUAAAUUACGUGUUGAUAUACAAAAGAAAUAUACUAUUCCUCAAGGAAAAAUGACAGACUUGAUGAAUAAAUUUGAUGAAGCUAAAGCAGCUGGAGAUUUAUUACCAUCUGCUUUUGUUGGACUCAGUUUAGCUGAUGAUGAUGAGACUGAUCGUGCUUGUAUGUCAGCACCUAGACGCAUUCCUGGUAGUGUUAAAAGACCCGGUUCAUUUUUCCCUCAAAAUUCUACGCCAUUACAACGAACUGGUUCUGUAAGGAAACCAAAUUCAGCAUCUUCUGCUUCUUCUCAUGCGGGUGCAGUUGAUGAAGACACUUUCGUUCGAUCCUUUGAAGACGUUCCUUCUAUACAGAUUUUUAGUGUACGAGAUUUAGAUGAUACAAUGAAAAAAUUGCAUGAAUCUAUUCAAGAUGGUAAUGAACAAUGGAAUAAGCGAGUUGAGUCUUUGAAGAAAAUUAGAUCACUUGUAAUAACUGGAGCAACAAAGUAUGAAGAGUUUUUCAAUAAUCUGAGGUAUUUAGAACAUUCCUUUCAAACAUCUGUUAAAGACUUACGAUCUCAGGUUGUUAGAGAAACAUGUAUUACAAUAGCAUUUUUAUCUCAACGUUUGGGCAUUAAAUUUAAUCAUUUCGCAGAGUCAAUUUUUAGUAAUUUAAUUGACCUCAUACCUAAUUCAGCAAAAGUAACUGCUUCAUCUGGGUUAGUUGCUAUAAGAUUUAUAUUAGAACAUACCCAUGCUCCCCGUAUUAUACCAAUUCUUGCAAAUAGUUUGGGAUCUAAGUCAAAAGAUAUUAGACGUGCAUGUUGUGAAUUUUUUGAUCAAAUUCUACGCACAUGGCCAACUCAAGCAUUAGAAAGACAUAUAACAAUACUUCAAGAUUCCAUUAAAAAAGGUAUAGCUGAUGCUGAUUCAGAUGCUCGUGUGUUAUCAAGAAAAUCUUAUUGGGGAUUUUGUGAACAUUUUCCAGAACAAGGAGAAGUAUUAUUAAAUAAGUUAGAGCCAGCAUAUCGUAAGGUAUUACUUACAAAUACUGGAUCCAGUUCAUGUUUGCCAAAAUCUGUAAUGGCUGAAAGUAUAAAAUUACCUUCUCGUCGUCCAGUAACUCCUCAAAAUAAUAUUUCAAUGAGAUCAAGCAGUGCCAUAGAUUUACAAGCUGCACAAAGAGCAAAAGCUCGGGCUCAAUAUGCAGCUCUUGCUAGACAAAAAGUAAACCCCAUGGUUUCCCCUCAAUCUGUUACCAAGAAAAGUAAUGAUGAUUUGCAUCAAUCAGAUAGAGUUGGAAGAUCAAGAGGUAGAGUGUCAAUAUCUCAACCAACUAGUCGUUCAGGAUCACCAUCUUCAAGAUUUACAUUUGGGCAACCAAAGUCACGAAGAGGCAGUUCUGGUAUACCCAGAUCUCAAGAUACUAGUAGAGAAGCUAGUCCUAAUAGGUAUAGUUCCCUUGGAUCACAUUCAAGUAGUAGACGACCACCUAUUUUACCAAUAUCUAGACCAAUAAUGGCACAAAAAAUAUUAAUGCAGAGUCGAGAAGCAGAAUCUGCUUUGGCUGAUGCUCUUGGUAGUACUACUACUGGUCAUAAAUCUCCAAGAAAAAUAUUGGGAAGGUCAAUAGAUGACCAUAGUGAUGAGAGUGAAACAUCUAGUAUUUGUUCAGAACGGUCAAUUGAUUCUCACAGAAGAACAUCAGAUUCAUUUUAUUGGAAUGGAUCACAACAUCGAUUACAUAAAGAUAUUUGGGAGAAUUCUAGUUUAGAUAUUGAAGAUAUAAUAUCUAAUUGUGAAAGUUCAAACUGGAAUAAUCGCAAAGAAGGUUUGGUAAGCUUACAAAGAUAUUUACAACAAGGAAAUAUUAUAAGUGAACUAUUAUUAAAAAGAUUAACAGAUAUAUUUACUAAAAUGUUUAUGGAUUCUCAAACUAAAGUCAUAAGUCUCUUUUUAGAUGCUCUUAAUGAAUUAAUUGUUACCCAUAGCCAAUAUUUAGAUCAUUGGCUGUAUAUACUUUUGGCUAAGUUGUUUAAUAAAGGAGGUUCUGAUAUACUUGGUUCUGUACAUUCAAAAAUUUUAAAAACUAUGGAAAUUGUAAGAUUAUCAUUUCCUUGUGAUUCUCAGUUAACUGCUGUAUUUAAAUUUCUAACAGACCCAACACAAACACCUAAUGCUAAAAUGAAAAUAUUUGCCAUGAGUUAUAUAUCAAAAUUAGCUGUUACUACGGAUCCGGGAUCAGCAUUUCCAUCUGCUGCUGAUGGAAAAAAAGAUUAUGCUACUUUAGCAUUAACAAAAAUGAUCGGAUGGACUAUGGGCAACAAUAUAAAGCAAGGUCCUGAAUUAAGACGUGCAGCUCAAGAAUCUAUACUAGCUUUGUACAGUUUAAAUGCAUCCCAAAUCACAUUAAGGUUAUCUCAAUUGCCAGAAGAGUAUCAAGAAGCAGUUUCUGGACUUAUAAAAAAUAGAGUAAGAAGAAGUAGUGUUGAUCAAUUAAUGUCUCCAAAAUAUCAUAGUCAUAAUCGACAGUCUCCAACAAAUCUUGCUUCACCACCCUUACAACAUGAUACUACUGAUAAUUUCAAUUCAGAAGAAAUAUAUAAGUCAUUAAAACAAACUACUGCUGAAAUACAAAAAUACAGUUUAGAAUGUCACUAUACUGGAGAAAGAGAUACUGCUUCCUAUGAUUCUGGAAUAAGUCAAAUGUCUGUUCGUACUGAAACUGAUAAUCAUAAUUUGAAUGGCUACAAAAAUGGUCAUACAACAGCAACUGAUGGAAUUAUUAAAAUACUUGAUGAUUUAGAUAAAGACACCUUGCAACUUGACUAUAAACAAUCAAAUUUAAAUCGUCUAAAAGAAUUAAUUAGAGAUGGUCCUGUUGAUGUGCUUGUAAAAAAUUUUAAAAAAAUAAUCAAAGUAGUUUUAAAAUUAUUAAUGGACAGUGAACCAAUCAUACGAGAACAAGCUAUUACUUUAAUUACAAAUUUAGUUCAAAAGCCAGAAAUGGUUACUUGUUUUCAUAAUUUUACUGAAUUGAUAAUUCUAAAAGUACUAAAUAUGUGUUGUGAUCCCUGUAAACCGGUUGUAAAAGUUGCAGAAGAAUGUUCAUUUGCCCUUAGUGUAUCAUUACAACCAGAAACAGUAGUCAGAGUAAUCACGCCUUUAAUAUCAGCAAAAGAAUUUCCAGUUAAUUUGAUGGCAAUCAAAAUGAUGACUAAACUAGUUGAUAUGUAUGGCAGUCCUCCUGUAGCUUCUCAAAUGAAAGAAAUAAUGCCUGGCUUGCUGCAAGGCUAUGAUAACCCUGAUAGUGCUGUUCGAAAAUCCGCUGUAUUUUGUAUGGUUUCAUUACAUAAAGUAUUUGGCGAACAAGAAUUUGCACCUCAUAUUUCAAGUCUAAAUGGCGCUAAGCUCAAGCUGUUAAACUUGUAUAUUGAACGUGCACAGCAGUCUUCCCCAACAUCGCCCAAGACAAAUUCAUCAAUGUCACUGACCGUCGACCUAGAUGAAGCCGAGUUAAUGAACGCAAAAAAUUCGUGGGUCUCUAAAUCCUGUCUGAAAGACCUCAAUAAAGUUAAUAGCGUACCAGUAUUACCUGUUAAAGGCGAAAAAAAUGUUCUUGUGACCUCAGCACUUCCUUAUGUCAACAAUGUUCCACAUCUUGGUAAUAUAAUUGGUUGUGUAUUAUCUGCAGAUGUGUUUGCAAGAUAUUGUCGAUUGCGUGGUUGGAAUACAUUAUUCAUUAGUGGUACUGAUGAAUAUGGUACAGCAACGGAAACAAAAGCUUUAGAAGAAAAAUUGACACCUCAACAGAUUUGUGACAAAUAUUUUAAAAUUCAUAGUGAAAUUUAUAAGUGGUUCAACAUAAGUUUUGACCAUUUUGGCAGAACUACAUCCGAUAAACAAACUGAAAUUGUUCAAAGCAUAUUCAAGGAAGUACAUGAUAAUGGGUAUACUACCACUGCUUCUAUGGAACAACUUUUAUGUGAAAAUUGCGAUCGAUUUUUGGCCGAUCGUUUUGUUGAAGGAACAUGUCCUCUGUGUAAAUAUGAAGAUGCUAGAGGUGAUCAAUGUGAUGGUUGUGGUCAUUUAAUAAAUGCUACUGAGCUUAUACAACCUAGGUGUAAGGUUUGUCAAAAAACACCUGUUAUACGUAAUUCUCAGCAACUCUUUUUGAAUUUACCCAAAGUUGAAGCUAAAUUAAAAGAUUGGGUAGAUAAAUCUGGAGAUAAUUGGUCUUAUAAUGCUAAAGUGAUUACUAAGUCUUGGAUGAAAGAUGGUUUGAAAGAAAGAUGUAUUACUAGAGAUUUGAAAUGGGGAAUUCCAGUACCAAUUGAAGAAUUUAAAUCAAAAGUGUUUUAUGUUUGGUUUGAUGCACCAAUUGGAUAUAUGAGUAUGAGUGCUGUUUACACACUAGAGUGGCGUAAAUGGUGGCAACCAGAAAUUGAUACUAAAGUAACAUAUUACCAAUUUAUGGCUAAAGAUAAUGUGCCUUUCCAUUCCGUUAUGUUUCCAGCUUGUCUUUUUGCUACUGAAUGCAACUAUACAUUUGUUAACCAUAUAAUGGCCACAGAGUAUUUAAAUUAUGAAGAUGGUAAAUUUUCUAAAUCCCGUGGAAUCGGAGUAUUUGGGAAUGAUGCUCAAAAUACUGGAUUGCCAGCAGAUGUUUUUAGGUUUUAUUUGCUGUUUGUUCGUCCAGAAUCUCAGGAUAGUUCAUUUAGCUGGGGUGAUUUAGCUACUAAAAAUAAUUCUGAGUUGUUGAACAAUUUAGGAAACUUUUGUAAUAGAGCUUUAGCAUUUUUAGAAAAGUUUUUUGAUUGUGUUAUUCCUGAAAUUCAAUUGGGAAAAGAUGAACUCACUUUAUUGGCACUUGUAACACGUGAUGUAAAAGAAUAUAUAAGUAUGUUAGAUAAGGCCAAACUUAGAGAUGGUUUACGACUUAUACUUUCUAUUUCUCGUCAUGGUAAUCAAUACAUGCAAUUCCAAAAACCAUGGGUAUUAGUGAAAGGGUCAUGCGAAGACAAAAUCAAAGCUGGUACUAUCAUUGGACUUAGUUGUAAUCUGGUGUGUUUAAUAGCUAUAAUGUUACAACCUUAUAUGCCACAAACCGUUAAUAUAAUCGGCAAACAAUUGAAUGUUGAUAUUUCAACAUUUUUAUUAAAUAAUUUUGUAUCAAUUUUCUUGCAACCUGGACAUAAAAUUGGAAAACCUGCUCCAUUAUUUGAUAAAAUUGAUGCAUCUGUUGUUAAUCAAUUAAAAAGUCGUUUUGCUGGUAAACAAAAUUCACCGGAAAAAGAAACAUUACUUGUUCCUGGGUUGGAUCUUACACAAAUUUCAAGUAUUGAACAAAUGGAAGAAGCUAUUUCUAAGCAAGGUGAUUUAGUGAAAUCAUUAAAGCAAGGUAAAGCUGAAAAAAGUGAAUGGGAACCAUACGUCAAAGGAUUAUUGGAAAUGAAGAAAAGUUUAGAACAAAUGAAAAUAGCAUCUAAUCCAAUAUCUAUAGAUGAUUUAGAAAAAGAAAUUUCAAAACAAGGCGAUAUAGUAAGAAAAUUAAAAGAAGCAAAAGUAGAAAAAAGUGAAUUACAGCCGGAAAUUAAUUUAUUAAUUCAAUUAAAAUCUAAACUUUCCUUAGUUAAAGGCUUACCAGCUGAUAAUGGACCAAAGAAGAAACAAAAACAGAAUAAAAAAUAAUCUUAUUAUAUAUCUAACUUAUACAUAUAAUAAAGUUAUUUCAUUUUUUGUUGUUCC